GUGGGGGUUGUCGCUGGCGGCCAGUGGUCUGUGUUUGAUGGGGGAAGCAGCAGCUCGCUCCGCAUCAUGAGGGUCCAUGAAUCUCUGCUCUGGGCCGUUCUCCUCGUCCACAAGGUGGCGGGGGAGUACGGCAUGGCCCACUUCAGUGACGAGAGCAGCAGCAAAGGAAAGGACUACUGCAUCUUCUUCAACUCCCAGUGGGCACGUCUACCUCAGGACCUCAAUAAGGCAUCACGCCUGCCGGUCCAUGACCUGACAUCAUCGAUCCUGUGCUCGCCCUCUGACGUCCCGGAGGGGGGCUUCCCCAAUCGCAUCCCCAUGGUGAUGCGGGGCAACUGCACUUUCUAUGAAAAGGUCCGGCUGGCCCAGAUCAACGGUGCCAAGGGGAUAGUCAUCGUCAGCAAGGACAGACUGACACCACCAGCAGGAAACAGGACCCAGUAUGAGGAGAUUGACAUCCCUGUAGCAUUGCUCAGCUACUCUGACAUGCUCGAGAUAAGCAAGAGGUUUGGUAAAGAGAGCCUUGUGGCCAUGUAUGCGCCCAAUGAGCCGGUGCUGGACUACAACAUGGUGAUCAUCUUCUUGAUGGCAGUAGGGACGGUCGCCAUUGGAGGCUACUGGGCCGGCAGCAGAGACCCAGAGACCGCAAGAAGUGAACGCUACAUGAAGCACAAGCGGGACGACGGCGCGGAGAAGCAGGACGAGGAGACGGUGGACGUCACCCCCAUCAUGAUCUGCGUGUUCGUGGUCAUGUGCUGCAGCAUGCUGGUGCUUCUCUACUUCUUCUACGACAGCCUGGCCAUCUGGGUUAUCGGCAUCUUCUGUCUGGCCUCCUCAGUCGGCCUCUACAGCUGCAUGUGGCCCUUUGUCAGGAGGCUUCCCUUCGGCAAGUGCAGGAUCCCAGAGAACAACCUCCCGUACCUGCACAAGCGGCCACAGAUCCGCAUGCUGCUGCUGUCGGCCUUCUGCAUCGGAGUCAGCAUCACCUGGAUGGUGUUUCGCAACGAAGACCAGUGGGCGUGGGUGCUGCAGGACUUCCUGGGGAUCGCCUUCUGUCUCUACAUGCUCAAAACCGUCAGACUCCCCACGUUCAAGGCCUGCACUUUACUACUGUCCGUCCUUUUUGUCUAUGAUGUUUUCUUCGUAUUUAUUACACCUUUAUUUACAAAGAGUGGGGAAAGUAUAAUGGUGGAGGUCGCGGCUGGUCCCUCCGACUCCUCCACCCAUGAAAAGCUCCCCAUGGUGCUCAAAGUGCCGAGGUUGAACUUCUCUCCCCUGGCUCUUUGUGACCGGCCCUUCUCCCUCCUGGGCUUUGGAGACGUCUUAGUACCAGGUCUGUUGGUGGCGUACUGUCACAGGUUUGACCUUUUAACACAGUCCUCCAGGAUCUACUUUGUGUGCUGUACUAUCGCCUAUGGCAUCGGCCUGCUGAUCACCUUCGUGGCGCUGGCCGUGAUGCAGAUGGGUCAGCCCGCCCUGCUCUACCUGGUGCCUUGCACUCUGCUCACCUCCCUCACUGUAGCGCUGUGGCGCAGGGAGUUGCCCCAGUUCUGGACUGGAAGUGGAUUUGUGCCGGCCAUAAUGCUCGCACCGAUCAACUGCACACAAACUGCAGAGCCGCAGAGCGACGGGCUCUCCACCAAACCGAAGUCGCCAACAUCCGAAUCUGCCGCUCAGAGCGAAGACACGCCCCAUCAGCCGCCUCAGGCCACGCCCCCGCCUGAGAAUGAUGAAGACAAAGACAAAUCGAACUGAAAGGACUCCUAGUACGGCAUUCUCCAUUUUCAUUUCAUGUUUUAUUUGUUGUGAUUUUUGUUUUCUACGUAGUGUUUCAGUCAGUGGACAUUUUUAAGUACUGUCGUUUAUUUGCACUUGGUGUGAAGGGACGAGCAGGUGAGGUCUGCGUUUUCUGAACGACACACACACACACACACACACACACACACACACACACACACACACACACACACACACACACACACACACACACACACACACACACACACACACACACACACACACACACACACACACACACACACACACACACACACACACACAGUCGAGUAUAAAACCUGCACAGCAGCACCAACACCCUCCUCUACUACAUAAAGUACCAUCUGUAUCAGUGGUGGAAAGUACAUUUACUCAACUAGUCUACUUCACUACAGUUGUAAUAUCCUCUACUUGAGUCCUACUUCAAACCUCCACAUUUCAGAGGCAGAUAUUCAACGUGUGACUCCACAGUGUAGUUUAAAAGUCUAAAAACAAGAGAGACUUGUGUGACAAUUCUUAUCCCUCAUGAAUUAUCUGAAGAUCCCUCAGAUUUCUCCAGAGGCUCUUUAGAGGAGCCCAGAACUUAGCAGCCAUUUUGCUAAUUCAGCUUUAGGGGAUUUGGCUUCACUUUGACUGAGCUGUCACGUCGUCCAUCUUUACAAGUUAUAUAUAAUAUGAAAUGUGAUGGAAGUAGUUCUGUAGGUUACACACUGCAAUCGCCACCUGAAGUGAUUCAGAACAUCUUGUUAUGAAAACUGUUGGUUCAAGCACUACAUCAGAAAUGUACUGAGCCCCUUAUUCCCUCUGAUACAUUAUAAUCUGCCAGAAUAUAACGCACAGCAGUGAUGACUGAAGACGCUCAUCACAUUUUUUUUGUAACACUGAAGAAUUUUUGUCGAUGUUUUCUCGUGUUUCUUUUGGUAUAUUUCUUGUUUUGCAUGCUAUGAUUUUGACCUUUUUAUAUAAAAAAGCAGUGUAUAAUCUAUAAUAGGGGCUUCGUAUGCAUUAUCAGCGGCGCCAGAUGUCGGCCAUCGCGAUUUUUAAUCCCCAAGUAGUUCCUCAAACUGUCUUAACAACUGGUUCUGGCCUUACAGUGUCCAUGUGGGGGUGGGGGGGGAAUGUGUAAAAGUUGCUUUACCACAAACGAGUGCUGUUCUCUAAACCCGGAUGAGCGAGUGACGGGUUGUGUUACAUAUGUUCCUAGUUAAGUUCAAAUGAAGCAUUUGCACAAUAUUUUUUUAAUUCGUGUGCCGACAUAAGGUGUUGGUUUAUGUCUGUAAAUGAUGUUUAAAGAAAUGGAAACCAAGGUGUCUGUACAUCCAGUUUUCAUCCUGAACACCAGAGCCCUGCAGCUGCUUCACCCUGUGCACCAGUGUGUAGUGGUCCAGGGUUAAAGGUCAAAGGUGUGUUUCUACAGGACGCGAGAUUAUUCACCUUGUUGUCACCAAGUGGUUUUUAAAGCCUCUGUUGAGGAAAACAUAUAAUAAACAUUGUAUUUGA